CCCCGGGCCCGGGCUCUGUGCCCCCUCUCCUCGGGGAUCCUGCGAGGCCCCGCGAUGGACCGCGGAGGCGAAAGCGAAGUGGACUUUUCGAACCGCAACGACAUUGCCCCAUUAUGGAGGCGGCGCUCCACCCCGCAGCCCCAGUGGCUGGUCCGGAGCAAGCCCAGACCCCAGUCCUACCAGAGCCCCACUGGCCUGCUGAUCACCGAUUUCCCUGUGGAGGACAGGGCGGUAUUGGCUGGGAAGGAGCCUUCCCACAGCGGGAGCGUUUCUUCGUCUUCUUCCUCCCCGUCUCCGUCGCCAGACCGCAGGAUGCUCCAAAGGAGCCCCCUGCUUUGGUGCCCUAAUCGGGGGCCUGUGACCAACGGGAAGGCUGUCCCCCUGGAUUUCAGGCUGCGGGCCGAAAAGUCACCCCGGGACCACAGAGCGGUGGCCAACCCUUCUCUGAGCUACCCAGGCACAGUCCCUUCUCCAGAGACUCCAGCAGGGCAGCCCCAGAGGAUUCCCCACGCCUCCAUCCCAAGGAGCCCCGACAACGAACUGCUGGGACUCGGUGCCAGGACAGGGGCUUCCCUCAGUGCCUCGGUGCCUGCUCUGAACCAUUCCGCCGCUCUCCCCCAAUCGCCACCCAGUCAGCCUGCCAAGGACCCAGAGAGGGCGCCUUCGAAACCCUCUCCCUGCCCACAGAGGACCCUCCCCGAGCAAAAACUGCCUCUGCAGCGUCUGCCUUGCAACCUCGAAAAGCCUGUGGUCAUUCUGAGUACCAACAGCGCGGCCGCCCUGAAAGUAGGGAAGCACCAGAUCAUCCCCAAGGGCUUGGCCUCCGAGAUCAAAACGAGCAAGUCCUCCAGCCCGAACGUAGAGCCCCACAGGAGGCUCCUGAAGGUCCGCAGCAUGGUGGACCCCAUCAGUGCGCCUCUGCUCCCCGCCAGUGAUGGGGAAGAAGCUGAGAGCGACUUGGACAGCCCCGGCUCGCUGAGGAGAGGCUUGAGGUCUACUUCCUACAGGAGGGCGGUAGUUAGUGGCUUCGAGUGUGACAGUCCUACCAACUCCAAGAAGAAAAACAGAAUGUCCCAGCCCAUUCUGAAGGUGGUCAUGGAAGACAAAGAGAAGAUCUCCAGUUUAGGAAGGAUUAAG